AUGGAUCAACACAAAAAGCAAGCUGAGCCAGAAUCUCCACCACCAUCUCCCUGCAUUCCCAUUUCCGGUAUCCAAACUCCUAAUGCUUGUAUCUGUUCUUCGCUACCAAUAUCUAACUCUUUAAAUGCUAACACAUUAGCAGAUAGCUUAGGGGUGUCUCCUUUAUAUAAACAACAAGAUUCUGCUAGAUGGAAUGCCGCAGCUCAAGUUUAUCGCUCUUCAAGAGCUGUUUCUCCCACACAAGACACACCUUUUGUGUUCCCUGAGGGAGAACAAUUAGCUGUUAAUGUUGUGUCAUUCAUCAAUAAUCCAUCUAAAACGCCACUAUCACUCGAAGAUAUAGCUCAAAGUAAUAGAAAAAGACAUGAUGAAGAAGGUUCAGCAGUUGGUGGAGAUAUUGGAGAACCUCUAGAACUAGAAGCUAUUUCUGCUGUCCAUGAACUUGCUCAUGAAGUUCAAGACAUCAGUGUUUCUGAAAUGCUACCCAGGACUUCAGAUCUUAUAUUUGUAAAUAUCAAAACACAAGAAGGCCAACCAUUCACACUCGAACUAACAAUGAAAGGUUGGAGGAUAGCAUCAUCUCACACAGAUUGUAUGUAUGGAGAUUAUACGAAGGUUGAAUUACACACACAUUAUUAUAAAAAUGCCCGCGAACUACUUAACAUUGUUUCACCGGAUCAUGCUACUCGCUUCAAUGAAUGUGUAGCCAAAAAAUUGGAAUUAUUAGUUGAUAAAGCAACUCUGAGUGAUAAACAAGACGGGACUCAUUGA